GCCCAGCCUUCCACGAGGAAGUGGGGACGCGGGGUCCCAGGGUGGGGACCACAGGCACGCUGCAACCCCCUCCUCCGACCUGGGCGCUCUCCCAUCUCGGAAUGCGGGUGAAGGUUCCACAUUCGGGCGCCUCAGGCAUCGGAUUCCGGGCGGGGGCGCGUGCCAGCCGCCAGGAGCCCGGCUGGAGCGCCCGCCCCGCGGCCUCGCCUCCCCGCCGAGCCGCCAGCGCCUCGGGACGCGAUGAGGACCUGGGCUUGCCUGCUGCUCGUCGGCUGCGGAUACCUCGCCCAUGCCCUGGCCGAGGAAGCCGAGAUCCCCCGCGAGGUGAUUGAGAGGCUGGCGCACAGUCAGAUCCACAGCAUCCGGGACCUCCAGCGACUCCUGGAGAUAGACUCCGUAGGGGCCUCGGAUCCUCUGGAAGUGAGUCUGAGAGCCCACGGGGGCCACGCUACCGGGGGCCACGCCACCAAGCAUGCCCCUGAGAAGCAGCCCGUGCCCAUUCGGAGGAAAAGAAGCAUCGAGGAAGCCAUCCCCGCGGUCUGCAAGACCAGGACGGUCAUUUAUGAGAUACCUCGGAGUCAGGUCGACCCCACGUCUGCCAACUUCCUGAUUUGGCCCCCGUGCGUGGAGGUGAAGCGCUGUGCCGGCUGCUGCAACACCAGCAGCGUCAAGUGCCAGCCUUCCCGCAUCCACCACCGCAGCGUCAAGGUGGCCAAGGUGGAAUACAUCAGGAAGAAGCCAAAGUUAAAAGAGGUGCAGGUGCGGCUGGAGGAGCAUCUGGAAUGCACAUGCACGGCCACCGGCCUGAACCCAGGUCACCGGGAGGAGGAGACAGGAAGGCCUAGGGAGUCAGGUAAAAAACGGAAAAGAAAAAGGUUAAAACCCACCUAACACAGCCAACCAGAUGUGAGGUGAGGACGAGCCGGCAGCCCGUUCCCGGGACACGGAUGUACAUGGCGUGUUACAUUCCUGAAGCGACUACAUACGGUGCUUACUGCCAGCGUGUGGUCUUUGUUCUCCUCCGUGAAAAACUGUCUCCACGCACACCCUGGAGAACAAAGAGCCAGUAUACAUUUGUUUAAUGUGACAUCAAAGCAAGUAUUGUAGCACUCGGCAAAAAAAUAAGAAGCUUCCUUGUCAAAAAAAAAAAAGAGAGAAAGAGAGAGCCAACAGAACCACGAAACAUGACAAACAAAACUGACUCACAAAAGUAUCUACACAGUUGUUGGAACGGAGGGACGCCCUGUGGGAUGGACGCGACGCGCCUCCGCGGGCCGGACUUCUGUCCAGGGUGGUCACAGGUGCUUCUGCCCGGGACACAGCGCCUGCUCUCCGGAGGCGUCCAGGCAGGCGCGAGGGGCACGCGGGGCACGCGGGGGCCGGGAGUGUCUCCGACCCGCCAGGGACUUAGAAACACAUCUCCUUGCUAUAGUGUUAAGUCUAUACAGAAACCUUCCCAGAGCCUUAAGUGGAUUUUUUUUUACACCAUAAAGUGAUUAUUAAGCUUUCCUUUUUACUCUUUGGCUAGCAUUUUUUUUUUAAUUGUCUCAUGGAUGACAUUGACCGUUAACACCAGGCUGCUGUAAGUCAGGACAGUGGGCGGUAUUUCUCCUCGCAGGAUGCAAACAAAUGAGAUGUAUUAAAAUAAACAUGGUAUACCCACCUGUGCAUCAUUUCCGAAA